GUCUUCAAGAAUUAUAAGCGUGUUUAUAUAUAAAUAUCAAAAUGAAUAUAAAAUUCAUUACUUUAAUAUGUUUAGUAUAUUGUAUUGCAAAAGUAAACUCUAUCGAUCCGGCCGAUGAAGCUAUUGCAAAAUCCUUGAUACCCGCAAGAGUUUUCAAUUGGAAUAAAAAAGUAAAUCGACCUUCUAUCUGGCGUCAAACGGAAAUAGAGAAAGAAUUAUUGGCUCUUAAUUUUUCACCUAAACUUGUGAAAGAUCUUAUUAGAAACUCUGCUCAUGAUUACUUGCCUGCUAGUCUAAAAUCAUAUAACCCUAUGAACGACCCUAACAUCGACGAGGAUGGUCUUUUCGAUGGAUAUAAGUGUAAACGUAUCCCAGGGGAAGAACAGGAAGCAGUAAUCGUGUUCCAUUUUGAUAACACAAAUAUGCCUGAAAAUAUGAAGGCUGACCCAGGAUUUAUAGUAUUCUUCUAUGAUGGAGCAAUUGAAGAUUAUCAAAGGAUUAGCGAAUCUGAUGAACAUGCUGCAAAUGCCUUGAAACCUGCAAGGGUUUCGAAAUGGGGUCAUUGGCUAUCUCCGCCGCCUGAACCUUAUAUAAAAGAAGCAACGAAACAAUUGAUUGGGUGUGGUUUUUCACCUGAACUUGUGGAUGUUCUUAUGAAAAACUCAUAUGAGAAACAAUGGCCUGCUGCUCUAUAUUUGUAUAUGUAUACCACGGACCCAAACAAAAGGCACACUCUUUUGGAUAGAUAUAGGUGUAAACGUAUCCCAGGAGAUUAUGAAGGAGUAAUCAUAUUCCAUUAUAAUAACAAGGAUAUGCCUGAAAAGUUCAAGGCUAAUCCAGGAUUUGUAGUAAUGUUCGGCGAUGGAGCAAUAGAUAAAUUCGUGCCGCGGGCAGAUUCUGCUAGAAUUUCUGGUGUGGAUAAUUUGUGUAAUAUAUUACAAUAAUAUAAUAUAAUGUAACAUAUUACGAUAAUUAAAUAUCGAGUUUA